CUCUUCACGAGAUUCUGGUCCAGUGGUCCUGUUUUUGCCCCCUCCUGAGUCCUAACUCGCUCCGAGUUUACUCACUUCCUUAUCGUUCGGUAUCAACCGCCACCGCCGCCACGCUCCGCCGUUAAUGUAACCCCAACAACCCUUCUCCGUCAAUGCAAAACUCGCCGUCUAUUCUCGCCGGAACCUCCUCUCUCUCUCUCUCUCCUCCUCCUUCUCCUUCCCCAUUGACUUCGUUUUAUUGUGAAUCCGAUGACUCACUUUCAAUCCCUCCUCCUCAUCCUCGCCGCCCUCUGCUGCGUCCUCCGCCCCCUCGCCGCCAGCGACGGCGACGCUGAUCCACUUUACCGGUACUUUGAAAACAGUGCUCCAAAACACCUUUCCGUCUCAUUUCACAUUCUACAACUUGUAAUUAUAUGAAUUGGUCUACUAUCUCCUUAAAUGAAAGCCUGCAAUUUGUAAAGCACAUAGGUUGUGUCGAACAGUGCGAGAAAACUGGAUGUGUAGGGCAUAGAUGCUUCCAACAUUGUAAAUUCUCAUCAGAUGGAAAACCAAUUGAUGGUCCUUGGUAUAUGCAUGAACCCCUCUACCUGAGGUGGAAACAAUGGGACUGUCGCACUGACUGUCGGUAUCACUGCAUGGUAGCUAGAGAGGAAGAAAGAACUAAACUUGGUGACAAGCCUGUCAAGUAUCAUGGAAAAUGGCCAUUUCAACGUGUUUAUGGGAUUCAGGAACCUGUGGCUGUUGCUCUGUCUGCUCUUAACCUUGCUAUGCAGUUUCAUGGUUGGGUAUCCUUUUUCAUUCUUGUGUACUAUAAGUUGCCUUUGAGGCCAGAUAAGAAGACUUACUAUGAGUACACUGGCUUGUGGCAUAUCUAUGGGGUUCUAUCGAUGAAUUCAUGGUUGUGGAAUGCUGUUUUUCAUAGUAGAGCUGUGGAAUUAACAGAGAAGCUGGAUCACUCUUCUGCUGUGGCCCUACUUGGAUUUACCCUCCUUUUGGCAAUACUGCGAGCUUUUAAUGUGAGGGAUGAAGCUACAAGAGUCAUGAUUUCUGCUCCCUUGAUUGCUUUUGUGACAACUCAUAUCUUGUAUCUGAAUUUCUACGAAUUUUCUUAUGGUUUGAACAUGACAGUUUGCAUGAUAAUGGCUGUUGCUCAGCUUCUUAUUUGGGCAAUUUGGGCAGGUGUUUCUAACCAUCCAGCAAGAUGGAAAUUAUGGGUGGUAGUGGUGGGAGGAGGUCUAGCUAUGGUCUUGGAAACAUUUGACUUCCCACCUUACAUGGGAUAUGUAGAUGCUCAUGCUUUAUGCCAUGCAACAAGCAUUCCUCUUACGUACCUUUGGUGGAGUUAUAUAAGGGACGAUGCUGAGUUUAGAACCGAUGCUCUCCUUAAGAAGAAGGUAAAAUAGUGUUGUUGACUCAAUGGACAUAGGGUGGAGGAUCAGAUGAAGGAUGUUGUACUAUUUGCUCGCUUUGAGUUGUACAUUAAAACUCUUUUUCAUUUUCCUCGUGUAGGCAUUUAUUUGAAAGUGCUUAACACGAUGGUUUAUGUGUUUAUGAUUUUAUAACUUUUGUUUUCCUCAGGUAUGAGGCAUACUUUCUUAAUGAAAUUUAUAUUUUCAAUGCCUUCCAGAUGAAUUGCAUGUACUGUAAUUAGAGGACUGCUCAGGAAACUGAUACUCAUACUUGGUUUGAUCAAAUUUAAUUCAAUUCAUAUGCCAUAGUAUUUUCAUUUUUAAUGUGAGUUUGCGACCUAAUAUUUUAAAAACAUAAUAGGUGUUAGUUAAACUUGUUAGAUUCGGUUCUGGUGCAGCGAGGGGGACUG